AGUAGAUGCAGAGACCCAUGCGGGAACUGAUUCUGAUGUAUCAGUACACGCCCCCUUCUCGGGAUCUUUCUCUAUAUAAAGGGCAUGGAUGAAACGUUUUUUUACCAGAACCUACACACCACACACGAGAACUGGCAUUAUUAUCAUUAACUAACUCUUCAGUGUUAUCUAAAGAAAAGGGACACAAAGAAACGACUGUGCGAGGAAAAUGUUACUACCUUAAAGUUUUUUUCUUUAUAACGGCAGGCUUCACAACAAUUGUCCCAAUGAUUAAACAGACAUCAUUACAGUCCCUUUAACUAUUCCCUGAAAUUGCGUUCGUUUCCUGUUGCAUUUCGGCAGCUAUUGAGGCCACCUGUAGGCAACGAGCGAGAAAAUGUACAGAUCCACAAAAGGGGCUUCGAAGGCGCGGAGGGACCAGAUCAACGCAGAGAUUCGUAACCUGAAGGAUCUUCUCCCUAUCUCCGACGCAGACAAAUCUCGGCUUUCAUACCUCCACAUCAUGUCCCUCGCCUGCAUGUACACAAGAAAGUCCGUGUUCUUCACACAAGAAUUAACUGUGGCAGAGCACCAUGAUGUGAGCGGAACAUACAAGACUUUGUCCGAACUCUCAGAGCUCGUGCACACCUUACCGGGCUUUCUCCUCUUGCUAACGAGUGAGGGUAAACUUCUGUACCUGUCGGACAACGUCGCUGAGCACCUGGGCCACUCUAUGGUGGAUCUGGUUGCCCAGAGUGAUAGCGUGUAUGACAUUAUAGAUCCUGCUGACCACUUCAUCAUGAGAAGUAAUCUUGUGCCAGCAACCACAAUAGACACAGAGCACCUCUUCCGCUGUCGAUUCAACACCUCAAAGUUUGUGAGAAGGCAGGGCUCUGGGAAUAGAAUGAGUCUUGUGCGAGCACGCUGCCUGCCAUCUCCUUACCACGCCUCCUCCUAUUGGACUUCCAAUGCGGUGUGGAUGUGUUUCUGCUCACCUCUGGAGCCCCAGACACCACACCCUUCAACCAGCAGGAACCCUCUCCCCACCCCACCCGCUGAGCAGGCCUUUCUGCUGGCCUGCUUCCAGUCCCAGCACAGCCGUGACAUGAGGCUCCAGGUCGCCCAGGAGUGUGUGAGUGUGUAUCUGGGCUAUGACGUGGAGACACUGCGCUCUCGCUCCUGGUACAGCUUCCUGCAUCCCCGUGAUCUCGCUCACGCCUCCACACAGCACUGCACUCUAUUACGUGAAGAAGGAGAGAGGCAGGUGGAGAUGGUGGUCCAGGUGGAGACAGCUGACCAUUCAUGGGUGUGGCUGUAUAUGAUCUUACAGCUCAAGAGUGGAGAACAUCCAAUCAGCUGCCAGAACUAUGUCAUUAGUGAGUCUGAAGCAUGGUCUGUGCGUCAGCAGCUCUACACUGAGCAGAGCCAGCUGGCUCUGCUUUACCAGGAGCCUUUGGCUCAGCAGUGCUCAGAGCCACUGUCCAGCCCGGAGCAGGUCUUCACUCCCAGCAGCAGUGGCUUAUCUGCCCAGUCCUUCGACUUCAGCUUUACUACCUCUGGACGCAGCUCAUCUGAGGAGCUGCCCAGCACACCUGCCCAGUCUAAUCUGUCUCUGGGCUCUGCCCCCUGUCCUACCAGCUCUCUGGAUGAAGACAGUUUCUCCCAACAGCAUGCAAGUCACCAGACGUGGUUACAAGAAGCCAAAAAGCUCACCACAACAACAGCCCCUACUGCCCCUCCUUCUCAGUUGACUGACAUAUCCAGCAUGGCAAGACUUUGCUCAGCUGGUAAAUCCCAUGCUCCCCCUGCACUUGUUCCCAAUCCUAGCAUACCCAAACAGCACAGCCUUGGGGAACUGGUAUGCACUCCUCCCUAUACCCCAAGACUUGGAGGAGGUUGUUUCACAUUUGGUGAGGAGCUCUUUAAUCCAGACUCCGUCACCACAUUGAUCGGCAUUCCAUGUCGAAUAAAUCAAGUCACAUCCUCUGCAAAUCAACUGAUGUCCCUCUCAACAGGCACUGGGAUCACACUGUCAGUACAGCAUUGCUGCAAGCCUCUUUUUGAGAAGUUGCCUCCUACCCCAGAUAGUCCAGACAAUGACAAGAGUAUCCUCAUGGCCUUGCCACAAAUCAGGGGACCUCUGUAUGUGGAUGUGCCACAUUCGGUAUAUCACAGUGCCCCUGAGGGCCUUUUGACCCCAGAAGCUUCUCCCACUGAACAGCUCUGUCCAGGAUUUUUCUCCCAACAAGCAGAGGAUGAGCAAGAGAGACUGGAGAUCUCCCUCUUGGCUCAGUAUCUCAGUUCUGUAGCUGAGGGGUUCUGUCACGACCGCCCGCUAACCACACGCACCCCCUCCCCUGUCCUCCUCCAAGAGCCCAUAUCCAUCCAGAGUGGUGUGGCUUCCUCCUGUGAAUUUCCACCCACCAUGUGCUGGAGGGAGGCUCACUCAUCGCUGGCUCAAGAUGAAAUCUCUUUAUUUCAAGGAAGCCUUCUACCAGCUGUCCCUCUAUCAGCCUCCUCCUCCUCUUCAUCUUCCUCUUCCUCCCCCUCACUGCCAUCUCCCCACUCCUCCAUUCAGCAUCCUCCUCCUCCUGGGCCCACACAGGAGGAGGCUUUAGUUGGUGUACACCACCUAUGUAGCGUCCAGUCGACGCACCAUAACAGCAUGACUGGGGCCAGGCUACUGGAGUCAGGGGCACUCGAUGAGGCAAAGGAGAUAACAGAGAGCAGGAUGGACAUGGAGAUGUUGCCUCCAGCACAAUCCUCCACUCUCUCAGCCUCACCUGAGGCAACCCCUGGCUCAGUACUUCCUGAUGUCACCCCUGGUCUACCCUGUGCCCAGUCCCUCCUGGAGGAGCUGGCCACCAUGGAACCUGUGUUCGAGGCAGCCGCUUCGAUUACUCCUGCCUUGAGGCAACAAACUGAGUUGUAUCAACUCUCUUUUCAGGAGUCACCACAGCACUUCUACCAAGAUGGAACCGGUGAUCACAUGUUCUGAAAUAAGUCUGUGACUUAAUUGAUAAAGUAUGGCAUAUUGUCACAAUUUUCACAAUACUUUCUUCUCAGAUUAAAUAACUGACAACUGACUGUAAAAAAAAUGGAAGAAAUAUAUUCAUUUUAUGUUUAUACUUCAACACAAUGAAUGUUACAUGGGCACUUGUAAUAAUAAUAAUAGAAUGUCAUUUUAGAAAAAAAAUACUCUAAAGUAUUCUUGAUAUGGCAAUUUUGAAAAGUGCCACUUUUGUAUUCACUUAUAGUGAAGACUGUGUCUUACACAAGGAUUAUAUUGACGAUUGAUGAAACACAUUUGUAUUGGUUCUAUUGCACCCUGUGUUUUCACAAACUAAUGUAGAAUUGUCUACAGUAAAGUAGAGGAUUGAUUCCUAAACUCUUGAUAUUUAUUAUUGAUUGACAUUGUUUACAAAAACCUGUUUGUGUCUGUCUUAUUAUAUGAGAAAUAUUUAUUCUCUUCUAUAAAAUGAUUUCAGUGAUAAGUAAAUGUUUGGUGAUAUUAAAGAUGUUUACUGCCUUUAAUGCUCAUAUUGCUUUUUAAUUAAAAAAAAAUAGCCUCACUUCUAUGUUCUUUUCUCCUCAAAAUAUGUAUGACAGUCAAUUAAA